AUGGGUAAGAGGAAAGCAAAAACAAAGCCUCCUCCAAAGAAACGAAUGGAUAGACUUGACACUGUCUUUAGCUGCCCUUUCUGCAAUCAUGGGACCAGUGUUGAAUGCUGCAUUUCUUUUGACAGUGAUAUGAAGAACUUGAUAGGGGAAGCUUCAUGCAGGAUAUGUCAAGAGAGCUUUAGCACCACCAUCACAGCUUUAACUGAGGCAAUAGACAUAUACAGUGAAUGGAUUGAUGAAUGCGAACGGGUGAACAACCGAGAAGAUGACGGUGUUGAAUGA